GAGAUGAUGUAAUUAUGCUGCGCCGGAACAGGCGGGUCGCGCGGGGAAGCUGGGUGCUUGGUGUGGUCAGAGACUCCCUUGAAGUAUCAUGGCAGUCAAGUGGACUAGUGGACAUUCCUCUUCUAUACUGUGCUUGAAUGUAAACAAAGAAGGGCUGGUAGCUUCCGGAGCAGAGAGAGGAGAACUCACAAUCUGGAAUGAAGAAGGGAUUCAUUUAGGACAGAUACAGCUUCCAAGGGCAGAUGAUGUCACCUGUGUUGUGUUCUCUCCCACCUACCCCAGCAGGCUAUACACCUCCCAUGGUGAAACCAUUAGCAUGUUGGAUGUCAGAUCCCUUAAGGGGCCAGUUGAAUGCUUUCAUCUGAAUGAGGAAGAGAUCAAUUGCCUGUCAGUGAAUGAGACAGAUAGUGUCCUGGCUGCUGCAGAUGACUCUGGGGCAAUAAAAAUUAUGAACUUGGAAAACAAGAAAGUCAGCCGGUCCUUGAGGAGGCAUUCAAACAUCUGCUCCUCUGUAGCCUUUCGACCUCAGCGCCCUCAAAGCCUUGUGUCUUGUGGACUGGACAUGAAGGUUAUGCUGUGGAACCUGCAGAAAGCUCGCCCACUGUGGACCAUGACCCUGCAGGAGAACGAAGCAGAAGGAGCGGAACAGCAAUCAGCUGGCCAGUUCUUUAACCCUCCCCUAGCUCAUUCUCUGUCUGUUGCAGCAUGUGGCAACGUCUUUGGUUGUGGAGGUGAAGAUGGUAAAAUCCGGAUCUUCAGGGUAACAGGUGUCAAGUUUGAACAGGAGCUGGGGUUUAAGGGUCACACUUUGGGGGUGUCACAGGUCCUCUUUCUGCCAGAAGAAUAUUGGCUGCUUUCGGGAGGAAAUGAUGGGAAGGUGUUACUGUGGGAUGUCAGCAAUGAAGUUGGGAAGCAACUGAAGAGUCCUGUGAAAUCCAUCCACAGGAGGAAGGCCAGAACACCAGCUUCCACCAAGAGAGAUGGAGAGCCCAACGCAAUGGUUACAAAUGAACAUGCCAGAGUUUUACCAAAACUAAGCAUAGAACAUAGAGAGAAGGUGAACUGGAUUUCAUAUGCAGAGAUCAAAGGCUUCAGGAGGGUAUUAGUUGCCGAUCAGAGCAGCUGUAUAUCUGUAUAUCCUCUGAUUGAAACUUAGACCACAUUGUUUAAGGAAAUCUUGGCAAGUAGCUAGUUUUUUGGGUUGUUGUGAGCUGGCCUACCUGGUUUCCUACAGAGCACUCUCCUCUUUGUUACCAUCGAGAGUAAACUUCCUGUAGCUUAAAUAAUUCCCAGCUCUCAUGCAUGUUUAGAAGUGGCCAGGAAUUUGCUAUGGCACAUUAUGCACAUAAGUAACAAUGCUUUAUCUUUUUCAAUAGUGGCACAUCUUCACUGUAAAUAUUU